AUGCAACUACAAGAAGGCACUUAAUUUUUAACCUAGGAGAUAAUAAUAGCAUAUCACAUAGUGUUUUCAGUUAGUGUAUUCUUUACAGAAUUCUCCCCCUAUAUAUUUGAAAAUUUUAUUGUUGACGUACUACCAUUCCUUAAACUUAGAUACGGAAAGCCUGCAUUAUACUUAUUCAUAGGAAGUUUUUGCUAUGAUCCUGAGUCAGUAGAGCUCAUGAGAAUUUGUGGGAUUACAAUAUAAUUAAACGCAGCACUCUGGGCAUUGUAUUAUUACUAAAGAUCUCUAGUGAGCCCGAGUGAUUAUAGAGGCUUUAGUUACCCUAGCACUGACCUUGCAUCUAUUUUGCACAAGAAUAAGUAAAGCAAUGAUCAUCAUUUAAAAACAGAGCAAGUCAAGGUUUAGAGUUUGAAUACAACAGUUGAUAAUGAGAUGGAAUUUUCAUAUCUGACAAAAUCAAAUGAAAAUAGAUACACUAUGAGAGAAUGA